GUACUUGAAGCUGAACUCCAAAAACAAUGUGAAAGUUGUAAAAACUACGAAUCUCAGUUGUGUAAAACACAGACAUCGUUAAAGGGAGAACAAGAAAAAGUCCUUGCUUUCGAAUCCCAACAACGAAUCUUGGCAACAGAAAUAAGGGAUUUGCAGACUCAGAUCAGUUCAGGCGAGGAGGAGCUGUCACUUGUAAGAAUAAAGUCAGAGGAAACAGAGUCAAGUCUGAGACAAACUGUUGAACAACUGAAUGAGGUUAAAAUAGGUCUAGAAACUAAAGUUAUGAACUUGGAAAAUUACCUCAAGUCUGAAAAAGAUCGAGCAGAUGCAUUAACAAAACGAAAGGAAUCACUAGAAGAAGGAAUAGCAAAAUUGAAUAAUUCCCUGACAGAAGUAAGGGAAAGUUUGGAGGGUCAAGUAACUGAACUACGAAAAACCUUGGAAGACGAAAGAAAACAAAAAGAAAAGGAAUCCGAGGAAGCAAACGAGAAACAGCAGUUACUGAUUACACAGAAACUUGAUUUAGAAAAUAGAUUAACAGGUGUUCAACAGGAUCUUGAUAAGUCUCGAGAAGAACACGAAGAAACGAAGGAAGUUGCUAAACGAGUGCAAAUGGUACUGAACGAAGAAAAAACAGCUCUGCAGACAAAACUGGCAAAUGAGAUUGAAGAGAAAAAAGAGAUCCAAGACAAGGGUGAACAGAAAGAGGCUCUUUUGAAUAUUCAGUUGGCUUCGCUGACUGAAAACUUAACAGCUGCAAGAGCAGAGGCUGAAGCAAGCGAAAACAAGGCACGACAAAACCAAGAAAAAUUACUUGAAGAGGAAAAGAAAAACGAAGCUCUCAGAGGUGAUAAUGCAGUCUUAGACGCCACCAUUCAAAACAAUCUAGAUGAGAGAAGAAAACUCUUGGAGAGAUGUAUUGCAAGUGAAGAAGAUGUAGAGAAGAUUAAGAAGGAACUGAUAGCGGCAAGGAAAAAAUUCGAAGACUCCCAGGCAGCAAUGGUCGAACUCACCCAAGAAAAUCAAAAUCUACAGAUUAUGAACAAUCAAAUGACUACACGUCGGUGGGAGGUUGACGAAGAUGUUGCUAAUUGUAACAGCUGUGAUAAAGCUUUCUCCAUUACCGUAAGAAAGCACCAUUGUCGUAAUUGCGGUUUGAUCUUCUGCAAUGAAUGUACAAGCAAGACAGCCACCAUAGCAUCCAGUAAGAAACCAGUUCGUGUAUGCGGAACAUGUUACAAUGAAGUAACCAGCGGUUCAAUCAAGAAAUAUCAACUACAGCCUAACCAAGGAUUUCCUUGAGAGACGACUUCAAUAUCCACCAACAUUCUAAUUCACAUCAACCGUAAAACACAAAAUGAUUACAAUGAUCAUUCCCAUUAGGCAAUAUAGUACCUGCCAACAUCUUUAGAUCAAAUUAGAAUCAUUUUACCACGUAUCCUUGCAUGCUUUUUAAAAGACACCGUAGUGUACAAUCGUGUAUGUUGGUCAGGAUCGGAAAGCAGGAGUUCCCAAAUAUGGUUCGUAGCAUUCAUAGAAAUCGGCGUUCUUUACUCAGUUCGUGUUUCUGACGUUGGGUUGUAAGGCCUUUAUCAUGGUGUCAUUUUAAUACUAUUACCAGCCAGAAUGCUUUGUGAAUUUCUUUCUAUUUUUAAGCGUUGGCUUUAGUGGUUUAUGACACUGUUAUGCAAACACCGGGAAGAGCUUGUUGGUUGCGCCCCCAAAUUCACGUAGACAAACUUAAGCAUUUUAGGCAUUAGGCAUCUUCAUGAAUGCCAGGAGAUCUCUCUCGCAAUUUAUAUUCUUUGUCACCCAUGGCACAAGUAAAGAAAGAGUAAAAUGAACACGCUUCUAGCUAUAAGUUAAAAAAAAAAAAACUACCAACCUCCCGUAACACUGCAAUAUAACAACUAUACAAUAGAGUGCAUAUACCAUAUAUCCGUGAAAAAGUGAACUAACAAGGUCGUACAAAUUAGUGCACAGUUUUGUUGGUCUACGGUCUACUGAGGUCUACUGAACUUACUAAUUUGUGCGGCGAUUUUUUACAAGGUUUUUCGCGGAUAUAUGGUGUGCACUCUAAUCAAUUCAUAUACUAAAGAACUCUAUUUUUCUGCUAGACUUUUAAAUUUCUACUAAUAGUACUAUAAAUAUAUUUCUAUAAAGCUUUAGGAUAGGUACUUAUACCUGAAAGAUCAGUAGGUACCUCGGCGCUAACUCAAUACCAAUGACCGUUAGUAUUUUAAGAUAAAAAUGACUAUAUAGAGGCCAUUAUAUUAUCAGGUAUUAGGGGAAAAAACGUAUUUUAAAAAUAAAAUAACCGUUAAGGUAUCAAAAGAAAA